GAGAGCAGCGCACUUGAACUGCGAUUUGUAGGCGAAGGUGAAAAUGGCACUGAUGCUAAUGAAGAGUGUCCGUAACAGCCCAGUGACCUCCUCCUGGGUUGGAUAUACUGUGGCCAGGUGUCUAAGCACAUCCACUCACCUCCAGGCUCCAGGUCAACCUAAAAGCAAAAAGACCCUAGCCAAAGCUAGUGUGAAGAACAUCGUUUUAGUGGAGGGGGUCCGCACACCCUUUCUGAUGGCUGGUACCACAUACAAUUAUCUGAUGCCCCAUGACCUGGCCAGAGCUUCUCUCCAGGGUCUCCUGACUAAGACCGGCCUCCCAAAGGACGCGGUUGAGUACCUCGUGUUUGGUACAGUGAUUCAGGAGGUGAAGACCAGUAAUGUUGCCAGAGAGGCCGCUCUUGGAGCCGAAUUUUCUGAUAAGAUCCCAGCCCACACGGUAACGAUGGCCUGCAUCUCCUCCAAUCAGGCUAUGACCACUGCUGUCGGCCUGAUAGCGGCGGGACAGUGUGACACCGUGGUGGCGGGUGGAGUCGAGUUCAUGUCCGACGUUCCCAUCCGGCACAGUCGCAAGAUGAGGAAGACCAUACUAUCCCUGAACAAAGCCAAGACCUUCGGCCAGAGGAUGGCGCUGCUGGGCAAGAUGCAACUGAGCCACUUUGCCCCUGAGCUGCCUGCCGUGGCGGAGAUCUCCACCGGGGAGACCAUGGGUCACUCCGCGGACCGACUGGCGGCCGCCUUCAGCGUCACCCGCCUGGAGCAGGACGAGUUCACUUUUCGCUCCCACACUCUCGCCAAGAAGGCACAGGAUGCCGGGUUCCUCAGUGAUGUUCUCAGCAUCAGUGUACCAGAGAAGGGCAUGGUUUCCAAGGACAACGGCAUCCGCCCAAGCUCCUUGGAUCAGAUGGCCAAGCUGAAGCCUGCUUUCAUCAAGCCCCACGGCACAGUCACUGCCGCCAACUCUUCCUUCUUGACCGACGGCGCCUCCUCCACUCUUAUCAUGUCAGAAGAGAAGGCUUUGGCCAUGGGAUUCAAGCCAUUAAAGACUUGGGCUGCACGCACGUCUGGAUCCUUGCUCCCAAUCCUUGACCGGUAUAACACAUGA